UUCAAUAUAAUAUUAACCACUAACAAGUCAACAUCUAUCUGUCAUACCUAACAUAUACAAGCAUCAUAUUCAAUGUAUAAAGUUUCACCUUAAAGAGAUGUCGUUUGGCAGGGACUAUUUUGCCAGGUGAGGGCGGAGGGAUACAGUCUCGGCUUUGACGCGACACUGUACCGGUUCAGGUGUUAGUACAUGUCACGAUAUUUCGUUGACCAUCUUCACUUGUCCAAACUCACUGUCCAAGUGGGAGCACUUACAGAUUGACGUAAGGAGGCAUAAUGGACGGGGGUAAGAAGGUGUGGGUCCCCCACCCUACGGAUGGCUUCAAGCUGGGACGUAUCACUGACAUUGGAUCUGACUCCAUCUCCAUUGAGCCAUUUGAUGCCCCAGGAACUACAAUCAAUGCUAUCUAUGAUCGUACAUUUCCUGCUGAGGAAUAUGACAACAAAGACUGUGAGGAUAACUGUGCAUUGAUGUACUUGAAUGAGGCCACUCUCCUAAAUAACAUCAGGAUACGAUACAUGAAGAAUCAGAUCUAUACCUACACAGCCAACAUUUUAAUUGCCAUCAACCCAUAUUAUGAGAUACCAGACUUGUACACAUCACAGACCAUAAAGUCCUACACUGGGAAGUCCCUUGGAGUGCUGCCUCCUCACGUAUAUGCCAUUGCUGACAAGUCCUACCGUGACAUGAAGGUUUUGAAGCUAAGUCAGUCAGUAAUCGUGAGUGGAGAGUCUGGCGCAGGGAAGACUGAGUCAACCAAAUAUAUCCUGAAAUACCUUACAGAGUGUUGGGGAACCAAGGCUGGACCCAUUGAACAGAGAAUCCUCGAGUCCAACCCACUCCUAGAAGCCUUUGGUAAUGCCAAGACGGUCAGAAACAACAACAGUAGUAGAUUUGGCAAAUUUGUAGAAAUCCAUUUUGAUGCAAAGUCAGCUGUGUGUGGUGGCUACAUCUCCCACUACCUGCUAGAAAAAUCACGAAUCUGCACACAGAGCAAGGAAGAGAGAAACUACCACAUCUUCUACCGCUUGUGUGCUGGUGCUCCUGACAAAAUGAAAGAAGAGCUACAGUUGGCCCCACCAGAUCAGUUCCAGUAUUUGAAGAAUGGCUGCUCGCAGUACUUUGCUACCCGGCAAUCUGACAAGGCCAUGAAUGCAAAUCGGAAAAGUCAACAGUACCUGAAACUUGGCAGUCUCAAUGACCCUAUCCUGGAUGAUGUCCGUGACUUCACUGUGUGCUCGGAGGCCAUGACAAAGAUGGGAAUCACAGAUGCUGACAAGAAUAACAUCUUCCGUCUAGUGGCUGCGGUGCUCCACCUAGGCAAUAUCACCUUUGAAGAAAACCUGGAGGAUACCAAAGGUGGAUGCAAGGUUGCACAGCUGGCAGAAAAAGCUCUGUUGAUUGCUGCCCAUCUACUUGAGGUAGAUAAGGAAGAGCUGAAAGAUGCAUUGACCAGUCGGGUCAUGCAGGCAACCCGUGGGGGCACCAAGGGUACUGCCAUCAAGGUUCCACUGAAGAUGUUUGAGGCUGCCAGUGCACGAGAUGCCUUGGCAAAGGUUGUCUAUUCCAAGAUGUUUGACUACAUUGUGAAUGAAGUGAACAAGUCCAUCCCCUUUACUUCCUCAGCGAACUACAUAGGUGUCUUGGAUAUAGCUGGCUUUGAGUACUUCCAAGUGAACAGUUUUGAGCAGUUCUGCAUCAACUAUUGUAAUGAGAAGCUGCAGCAGUUCUUCAAUGAGAGGAUCCUGAAGGAGGAACAAGUUUUGUAUGAGAAGGAAGGUCUGAAUGUGAAGAAGAUCAAUUGGACGGACAACCAGGAUUGCAUUGAUUUGAUUGAAGGCAAAAGCAGUGGUAUCUUUGACCUUCUGGAUGAGGAAAGCAAAUUGCCUACGCCAAAACCUGACCACUUUACCCAUGAGGUGCAUGGUCGAAACAAGAAUCACUUCCGGCUAAGUGUUCCUCGAAAGUCCAAGCUGAAGUCUCAUCGAGAGGUGAAAGAUGACCAAGGUUUCCUCAUCAAACACUUUGCUGGUGCUGUUUGCUACCACACGGUUCAGUUUAUUGAGAAAAACAACGAUGCUCUGCAUGCAUCCUUACAGUUUCUGGUCCAAGAAAGUAAGAAUACCCUGCUUAGAAAGUUGUUUGAGGGCAUGGAGGUUACUUCUGGAAAACUUGGCUUCAUAAGUGUCGGAACCAAGUUCCGAAAACAACUGACUGUUUUGAUGGACAAGCUACGAAGCACAGGCACCAACUUUAUCCGGUGUAUCAAGCCUAACAGUAAGAUGGUGGACCACAUGUUUGAAGGGGGUAUGAUCCUCAGCCAGCUUCAGUGUGCAGGUAUGAUCUCGGUGCUGGACCUCAUGCAGCAGGGCUACCCAUCCCGCACCCAGUUCUCGGAGCUGUACAACAUGUACAAGAGGUACCUGCCCCCAGAGCUAUCUCGACUAGAUCCACGGCUGUUCUGCAAGUCACUCUUCAGAGCUCUAGGUCUGGAUGAAAAUGAUUUCAAGUUUGGUUUGACCAAGGUCUUCUUCCGACCAGGAAAAUUUGCAGAGUUUGAUCAGAUUUUGAAAAGUGAUCCAGAAAAUUUAGCUGAGUUGGUGAAGAAGGUGAAAAGGUGGUUGCUGUGUUCGCGCUGGAGAAAGGCACAAUGGUGUGCUCUGUCAGUCAUUAAAUUGAAAAACAAGAUAAAUUAUCGCCGUGACAUGCUGGUGAGAGUGCAGAAGACAGUUCGCAUGUGGAACAUGUGUCGCAAGUUCAAACCCAAGAUGGCAAUCUUAGUGAAGCUGAAGUCUUCUUCUGAGCAACUGACAAUGAUGGCCCAGAUUGUGUCCCAGUUCAAGAAGGAAAAAGACCAGGCUACGAAACAAGUGAAGGACAUAGAGAACUCACUGAGUGGUCUCAUCAAGAAGAUACGGAGCACUGACAUGACACGGGAUCAACUGAAUACUGCAUACAGUCAAUUCAUUGCAAGCAUGGACCAGAUGCUUGUUGAACUGAAAAAGAAGUUGGAGCAGCAGAAGAUAGCAGAAGAACAGGAGAGAUUGCGCAAAAUACAGGAGGAAAUGGAAAGAGAGAAAAAGAAAAAGGAAGAAGAAGAAAGGAAGCGGAAAGAAGACGAACUUCAAAGAAAACAAAAAGCCGAGUUGGAGGCUCGCAGAAAGAAGGAGGAGGAAGAAAAGAAGAAACAAGAGGAACAGGACAGGAAAGCUGCUGCCAUCCUGCAAAAACAAAUGGAAGAGGAGGCCAAGGCUAAUGCGGCAAGACAACAGAUGCUGGAUCAAGAACAUCGUGACCGGGAGCUGGCUCUACGUCUGGCAAUGGAGGACCAGAAUGAGGUUGAGGACAUACAGCUCCCUCCACCACUACAGAGAUCAGCUGAAGCUGUUGCAAGGCGACAGGCUGCUGCCAACAAGAAAUAUGACUUGACUAAAUGGAAAUAUGCUGAGCUUCGUGACGCCAUCAACACAUCAUGUGACCUGGAACUUCUUGAUUCCUGUCGGGAAGAGUUUCACCGCCGCCUCAAGGUCUACCAUUCAUGGAAAUCCAAGAACAAGAAGCGCACGGACAAGGAUGAACAGCGAGCCCCAGAGGGUGUGGUGCAAAAUGCACCACCAAUUUCUAGGGCUGCUGAGAGUAUGUCUAUGGCACCAGCACGCCAGGCCAGUUCCCAGGCGAAGGCAGAACAACGCUACUUCCGGAUCCCUUUCUCUCGCCCAGCAGACGAGUACAGAGAUGGAGGUGUGGAGAAGAAACAUGGCUUCUGGUUUGCCCACUUUGAUGGUCAGUGGAUAGCCAGACAGAUGGAGUGUUACCCUGGGAAACAGCCAGUUCUCUUUCUGGCAGGUGUGGAUGACAUGCAGAUGUGUGAACUGAGCCUACAGGAAACUGGUUUAACCAAUCGGAAGGGAGCUGAAAUUUUGGAGAAUGAGUUUGAAGAGGAGUGGAGCAAAUUUGAUGGUGGAGCUAUUCUAAAGAAGAAUUCCCAGAGAGUCUCCUCAAAAUACCUGCAAAAGAAACUAGGCAUUACUAAAUAAUUAUUUUAAUUAGUUCAGUGCAUAUCAGAUGUAGAGUAUUUAUAACAUGGUGAAAGAGCAUAUUUGUAUAUGAGGCUUGAUUUACUGAGCACAGACACAGAUAACUAAUCCAUAUUACUGUCCAUGCAGUGACCUUCAGAAACAAUUGAUCAAGGAUGACAUUUCUCCUGAGAUCAGGUGGCAGUGAGAACUUGACAAAGUGAACCCAAAACAUCUUAGUUCAGUUUGACACACAGGAAGAACAAGUGCUGUUUAAGAAGUAGAGUGACUGUUAUACACCUCUAGUUUGGUAUGUGCUUGUUUAUUUGGUAUGAGGGAAUAUUUGAUGGUUGGUAUACUACAUUUAUUGGUCAAUUAACAUUGAGCCUCUCUUUGAUUAUGUAGGCAAUUUUGUUAAAUGUUAUUGAAACAUACUGAAUUCAAAGCUUUACACCAGCCUUUUUUUGCGAAACCAAUCUUUAAUACUGUCAAAGAUUUAUUAUUGUUAAGUGUGUUUUAGAAUGUAAGUAUUGACUAUAGCAUGUUUUAUUUGUACUUAGUUGUGUUCAGGUAGAAGGUAGGCUGCUGGCAUGCCCUGUUGUUAUGUUUUGUUUCUGGCAUCAGAACAGAUUACCAGUUUAGUUCCAGUGCAGGUCGGGAGGAUUACUGAUUAAUUAGACUUAGACAAUACAAACAAAUGUUUACAUGUUAAUAACAUGUUGUGUGGCAUAACAUCUACAGGAGACAGUACUGUUGGAGACUUAACACUUCAUGGCCAACAUGUUGUGGGGUGGUGACAUCACAUGCCUCCUGUGGCCAACAUGUUGCUGAGUGGUGACAUCACAUGCCUCCAGUGGCCAACAUGUUGUGGGGUGGUGACAUCACAUGCCUCCUGUGGCCAACAUGUUGUGGGGUGGUGACAUCACAUGCCUCCUGUGGCCAACAUGGUGCUGAGUGGUGACAUCACAUGCCUCCUGUGGCCAACAUGUUGUGGAGUGGUGACAUCACAUGCCUCCUGUGGCCAACAUGUUGUGGGGUGGUGACAUCACAUGCCUCCUGUAGCCAACAUGUUGUGGGGUGGUGACAUCACAUGCCUCCUGUGACCAACAUGUUGCUGAGUGGUGACAUCACAUGCCUCCUGUGGCCAACAUGUUGUGGGGUGGUGACAUCACAUGCCUCCUGUGGCCAACAUGUUGCUGAGUUGUGACAUCACAUGCCUCCUGUGGCCAACAUGUUGCUGAGUGGUGACAUCACAUGCCUCCUGUGGCCAACAUGUUGUGGAGUGGUGACAUCACAUGCCUCCUGUGGCCAACAUGUUGCUGAGUGGUGACAUCACAUGCCUCCUGUGACCAACAUGUUGUGGAAUGGUGACAUCACAUGCCUCCUGUGGCCAACAUGUUGUGGGGUGGUGACAUCACAUGCCUCCUGUGGCCAACAUGUUGUGGGAUGGUGACAUCACAUGCCUCCUGUGGCCAACAUGUUGUGGGGUGGUGACAUCACAUGCCUCCUGUGACCAACAUGUUGCUGAGUGGUGACAUCACAUGCCUCCUGUGGCCAACAUGUUGUGGGGUGGUGACAUCACAUGCCUCCUGUGGCCAACAUGUUGUGGGGUGGUGACAUCACAUGCCUCCUGUGACGAACAUGUUGUUAGGUAGGUGACAUCACAUGCCUCCUGUGGCCAACAUGUUGCUGAGUGGUGACAUCACAUGCCUCCUGUGGCCAACAUGUUGUGGGGUGGUGACAUCACAUGCCUCCUGUGGUCAACAUGUUGUGGGGUGGUGACAUCACAUGCCUCCUGUGGCCAACAUGUUGUGGGGUGGUGACAUCACAUGCCUCCUGUGGCCAACAUGUUGCUGAGUGGUGACAUCACAUGCCUCCUGUGGCCAACAUGUUGUGGGGUGGUGACAUCACAUGCCUCCUGUGGCCAACAUGUUGCUGAGUGGUGACAUCACAUGCCUCCUGUGGCCAACAUGUGGGGUGGUGACAUCACAUGCCUCCUGUGGCCAACAUGUUGCUGAGUGGUGACAUCACAUGCCUCCUGUGGCCAACAUUUUGUGGGGUGAUGACAUCACAUGCCUCCUGUGGCCAACAUGUUGUGGGGUGGUGACAUCACAUGCCUCCUGUGGCCAACAUGUUGUGACCAGGUUGUGGGAGAAUGUUUUCAAGGAAUUGCAUUUGAAACUUCCCUUAUACAAAUAUUUUCUUGUGAAGUUGUGUAGUUUGUUAUGUCGUAACUUUUAUUUAUUGUUUAAAAUACUUGAUUACAUUGUCGAUUUAUGUCCUACUGUCUCUUGAAAUGAAAAUCCAUCAAGCAUUCUUAUAUUGUGAUUCCACAGUGUUCUCUACAUUUGAUGACAUGUCCCUGCCUCAGUAGGCUCAAUGUUGUGGUCUUCAUGUGAUUAUUGUUACAAGUAUGAAAUAAUUCAAGUGUCAACCAUCUUUAUGAUGAUUGGCAGAAUUACACCAGCUAUUUUUAUUAUUGUUUCACCUUAUCGGAACACCAUCAUUCUGUUCUGAAUAACAUCACAUAUUUACAUUUCAGUCCUCUUUUAUCCCUUUAUCCUGUGAUCACACCAACAAUUAGGAUAUAUUUUUAGAUGUUUUUAUGGAGUACAAGUGAUACUGCAAUCAUUCCUGGCACAUGGUGACUGUCAUGUUUUCCUGGAGUACCACAAGUUGUGGGUUAUAUACAAGCCAGAGGAUAAGUGUACUGCACUGUGCCUGUCCCACAGAUCCCUCCAUACUCUGUGCUAUGCAGUUGUCUGUACACCAACAGGGAACAUGUUGACUUGUUAACAGAUUAAUAUUUGUUUGUUCAUGUACAAGAGUGAAUAUAAGUACUGUUAUUUGGUAUGUUUGUGUCUGAAGUGAAGUGUGUUGAUGUUUUGUGUUGAUCCAUUGAGACCCUAAAUAUUGCAUUCCCCCGAGGGCAGUUUUAGGUUCUGGUCAUCCAACCUGACACUGGCUUUUAUGCUCCGUGGAGCUGAUUUGGUAACGUAUGUAUGAAAUUAAGUAAAAGCACAAAUGAUAUUCUAUAAGAAAAUGUGGAUGAGAAAGGUGAAGAUGUUUCUGAGGUCGCCCACCAGUAAAGUAAGGUAUAUCAUUGCAACAUUACAAUUUCAGGUUAAUUGACUUCCUAAAUAUUAUGCCUUCUCUUAAAAAAAGAUAGUGCUUGUUAUAGGAUGAGUGUUCAUCUGAUCUGAAUCCUCUAUUCAUUGUAGCAUUUGCUAGAUCCCAUAACAAAUAUCCUAAUUCUGAUGAUUUUUAGAAAAGAUUAUUAGAAGCAAUCCUAAUGAACCAUUUAUGAGUAGAAUAAAUGAAAAAUGCUGUGGGGCAGGUGUCACAUGAAGCUACAGCUUGGUCAGAUGAAACCUCAUGUAAGCUGAACCUAUGCUGCUGGUAAUUCAGGCCACACAGUAUAUCUUCACAUCUGGUCAUGACAAGCUUGUGGGCCUACAAGCCUCACUUGUGACACAUACAUAUGGCAUGUGCUUACUGUUAAUACAUGGGAUACCAAUGGUCAGGGUCACAGUUUACAAUCCCACCUAUUUAUUUAUAUUUUACCCCUUUUUUUUCUUCAUGGCUUUUGCAGAAUCCUACGUACACAUGCAUACUGAUACCCUAUGGUUAAAUGGUAUAUAGCCAAUAGCUGAAAGUCAAUUGUUUGUGGUUGGGGGAACUUCAGAUUCGGACACAAAGCUUACUUAUGAAACUGUUCAAAAUGAAACAUGAAGUGUUUUGUUGGGCCAGCUCUGUGAAUGUAUGCACAAUUUGGUCAUGUUUACAGCACCAUCACUUAUUGUUGGCCAUGUCACUCAGUCUAUUCUAAGCUUCUCUGUAUUGUGUGUAAUGAAUAAAGAGGAUUGACACCAAA